GCCCCUGCUCCUCAGCUCCAUCUUGCACCCCCGUAUGUGUAUUUCAAGUACUCCGACUGCAGGUUCAAUCCAAUCACCCUCUUUAUUAAUUUACAAAACACACGUGGUGCCUUCUAUGAGAUGCUCCAAAACCGCGGCAAACGCGGUAAUACAGUACGGCGAGCAGCAUAGAAUUCUAUUUUCAACAGAGAUAUAGAGGACGGCUGUGCGCGCGAGUCAACGAAUAUCUGGUUGACUUCAGUCGUUGUCUACGAAUGGCCCGUUGUGUGGCACUUGAUUAUUCACUCUAGCGACUGAGUCCAAAGGUAUAAAACCCUGCAGCUCAACGUUGGAAAGAUGCAACAAGUGCAUCUUCACCUUUGCUAUCAAUUCAAAAAGCCAAACCAUUCUUUCUAUCAACAUGUUCUCCACCAAAGCUAUCACCUUUGUCACCGCCGCAGCGAUGCUUUUCGUCGGUCAGGUUCAGGCCGGUAUGAAUAUCCCUCGUGCCGCCUUGAUCGCCACUGACCCAGUCGCGGCGUGUAACCCCCCAAACAAUGAAGAUCACACAACAGGCUCGAGUUGCAAGUUCUUCUCUGGACCCUCUGACGAUUCCCCUGUUAUCUCCGGCACCUGUGUUCCCCAAGAUGGGACCCUCACCUGCGUCCAGUAAUUAAUGAACCUCUCUAAAUGUA